AUGCGUGACACCACUCACAGGAAGCGUGACACCACUCACAGGAAGCGUGACACCACUCACAGGGAGCGUGACACCACUCACAGGAAGCGUGACACCACUUACAGGGAGCGUGACACCACUCACAGGAAGCGUGACACCACUUACAGGGAGCGUGACACCACUCACAGGAAGCGUGACACCACUCACAGGAAGCGUGACACCACUCACAGGAAGCGUGACACCACUUACAGGGAGCGUGACACCACUCACAGGAAGCGUGACACCACUCACAGGAAGCGUGACACCACUCACAGGAAGCGUGACACCACUUACAGGAAGCGUGACACCACUUACAGGAAGCGUGACACCACUUACAGGAAGCGUGACACCACUUACAGGAAGCGUGACACCACUUACAGGAAGCGUGACACCUCUUACUGGAAGCGAGACACCACUUACAGGAAGCGUGACACCACUUACAGGAAGCGAGACACCACUUACAGGAAGCGUGACACCACUUACAGGAAGCGUGACACCACUUACAGGAAGCGUGACACCACUUACAGGAAGCGUGACACCACUCACAGGAAGCGUGACACCACUUACAGGAAGCGUGACACCACUUACAGAAAGCGUGACACCACUUACAGAAAGCGUGACACCACUUACAGAAAGCGUGACACCACUCACAGGGAGCGUGACACCACUCACAGGAAGCGUGACACCACUCACAGGAAACGUGACACCACUUACAGAAAGUGUGACACCACUCACAGGAAGCGUGACACCACUUACAGGAAGCGUGACACCACUUACAGAAAGCGUGACACCACUUACAGAAAGCGUGACACCACUUACAGGAAGCGUGACACCACUUACAGAAAGCGUGACACCACUUACAGAAAGCGUGACACCACUUACAGGAAGCGUGACACCACUCACAGGAAGCGUGACACCACUUACAGAAAGCGUGACACCACUUACAGAAAGCGUGACACCACUUACAGAAAGCGUGACACCAAUCACAGGGAGCGUGACACCACUUACAGGAAGCGUGACACCACUCACAGGGAGCGUGACACCACUUACAGGAAGCGUGACACCACUUACAGAAAGCGUGACACCACUCACAGGAAGCGUGACACCACUCACAGGAAGCGUGACACCACUUACAGAAAGCGUGACACCACUUACAGAAAGCGUGACACCACUUACAGGAAGCGUGACACCACUCACAGGGAGCGUGACACCACUCACAGAAAGCGUGACACCACUUACAGAAAGCGUGACACCACUCACAGGAAGCGUGACACCACUCACAGGAAGCGUGACACGACUUACAGAAAGCGUGACACCACUUACAGGAAGCGUGACACCACUCACAGGAAGCGUGACACGACUUACAGAAAGCGUGACACCACUUACAGGAAGCGAGACAUAACUUAUGUUUUAUUAAUCAUAAGUUUUUAUCCAACUUACGAUAUACUUCGUCUGAUUACCGAGAAGUUUCGUGCGAAAUAUGAGGUGAUUCGAUCUACUUAUGAGAAGUUAUCCGGCUGCAAUAAUGUUGUUAUCUCAUUGGAUAUCUCUCACACUUGGUACCAAAGUUUUUUUCCCUAA